AUGGAAACUCCAUUAGUUGAUUCUACCGAUUCUUCUACCAAGCCACCCAAGCCAAAGGAAUCGCGGGCAGCCAGCUAUGCAAGUCCGCCGACGAGUUAUCUUGGCAGAAGCGAGUAUAUUUCCAGCAUUGUGCCCAUUGAUGAGGAAGAUGCACGGAAAUACCAUGUCGAACAUGACUCUGCUGCCCCUUCUGAAGCUUAUCAAAAGUUCCUCCAUGAACUUCGGGCUUUCGAUCUUCCACCCCGUUCGGUGCGGGAUAGCUUGAUUACAAAUUUCCUAGAAAGAUGUCACCCCUGGAUGCCCAUAGUGGACAAUAUAGCUAUAGAUCGUGAUGACACUCCUGAGACAUCUCUGCUGCUUUUGCAAGCUAUAUUCGUUGCUGGAAGCAAAGUUUCUACAGCGCCAAACGCCCAAUGUCUCGGGGAGGAGUUUUAUCGCCGUGCCAAGGCUCUGUACUACUCUGAUUUUGAAAAGGAUCCGUUGGUAGUGAUUCAAGCCAUAUGUCUCUUACAGUGGUGGAAUCCCAGUGGUGCGGAACAUAUCUCACGGGAUGCGAGCACGUUUUGGCUUCACAUGGGUGUUGCUCUAGCUCAUCAGAUCGGGCUUCAUCGUGACCCACCAUCAAGUCAGCCGAAUGCUGGUUUUCGUCGACGAUUAUGGUGGACGCUUUUUACCCGAGACUGCAUGAUAUCAGCAAGCCAUGGCCGCCCAAGAGCCAUUUCAAAAAAGGACUUUGACGUUCGUCCUCCAACGUUGGAAGAUUUCCCAGGUGACAAAGAAGAUGCACGCCUCUUCAUGACAUAUGUGGAAAUAUCAGCUAUACUUGGGGACCUCACGGAGCACUCCUUCCGUGGGACUCUGGGACGUUCGAGUCGUACGUCUAUUGAACAUAGACUCUUCUGUUGGAUGAGUGAGCUCCCAGCACAGUUUCACUUGCAUGAUCGAAGAACAGGUCGACUCUGUCCAUAUAAUUUCAAAGCACGACAAUUGCAUAUUCCCUAUUUCACGGCGCUUUCAAUAUUAUUUCGACCCACUGUUAUGGAUACUCCUCCCUCUGUUGCUCCGGUUUUGUCCUCUUCAUUUGUCGUGGGAAUUUAUGAAGAGUUUCUAGCUCGAGGGGAGAUACCCCUUCUUGCGCCUGUAUUUAUAUUUCACCUGCUUGCCGCUGCUCUUGCCGAAGUAGCAUGCCACAAUUAUCCUUUGCUUUGGGCCAAAACCGAAAAGGAGUUUAAAGUUAUAAACCAAGCGUUGGACGAAUUUUCACACAGAUUCCCAUCAGCACUUGGCGCCCAGAGGGUUGUCAAAGGCGUGACAGCAGCGGUUCAGAAACAGCAGUCUCAACGACCCUCCUUCGAGCUCUCCGUUUCAGAAAAACAGUUCCAAUUUUUUGACUUUUUCGGGCCCGACCUUUGCUCGAAAUGGGAUCUUGUGUAUGGACUCAGAUACGAUUCCCAGCGGAAGAACGAGAUUUCUUACGAUAUGCUGCGUUAUCCAUCCGCCCCUGCCCGUAUGUCAAACGAUGCCAACGAGAUCAAUUUGAACACAAAUGGCUUUACUGCCUCACGAUCGUUUAACCUACAAGAUCAAAAGAAUUCCUCUUCCACCAUUGCGCCUUCACCACAACCACUAGCCGGGAACGAAUCCGGGUUUAUAGCGGUCGAAGAUUUACGACCAUUGUCGACAGACCCGUCGGGCCUUCCGUUCUCAACUAGCAGUUUAAUUGAUCCAGUGGGGAACUGGAUGCUGAACGAUUGGAUGACAGAUUUGACAUAUUGGGAUUCCAUACCGAAUGACCCGUAG